AUGGAUUACUUCAAAAACACCUUCUACGCUGCAUUCUCAGCAGUAUUACUGUUAGUUUUCUCCCUCUACAUCGUCAGAAUAUUAUCCGGUCGCCGUCGAUUGUCAAAUGAUGAUAAGAUGAAGAGGAAGAAAAGAUAUCAUCCAGUUGCUGGCACUAUGUUUAAUCAACUACUCAAUUUCAAUAGAGUUUGGGACUAUAUGACAGAUCAUUGCUCCAAACAUAAAACUUACAGAUUACUCAGAACUUGUUUUCCUUUCCGUAGCCAGGUUUAUACAUCUGAUCCUACAAAUGUUGAAUACAUACUCAAAACAAACUUUCAAAACUACGGCAAGGGAUCGUACAACUACAACAAUUUGAAAGAUCUUUUGGGGGAUGGAAUCUUCGCAGUAAAUGGCGAUAAAUGGCGUCAUCAGAGAAAAAUAUCUAGCUAUGAGUUCUCUACUAGAGUAUUGAGAAACUUCAGCAGUGUGGUCUUCCAAAAGAACGCAGCAAAACUUGCUCGAGUGAUAUCCGAGGAUGCAAACUCCAACCUGUCAAUGGAUUUUCAUGAUUUGUUUCUAAAAGCAACUUUGGAUUCGACAUUCCAGGUCGCGUCCGGUAUUCAGCUAGAUAGCAUGUGUGGAUCAAGUGAUGAAGGAACAUUGUUUGCCAGAGCAUUUGAUGAUUCAAGUGAAAUGACUGCGUGGCGUUACGUUGAUGCCUUAUGGAUGAUCAAGAGGUUUCUAAAUAUUGGAUCCGAAGCAAAACUAAAGAAAAAUGUGAAAGUGAUUGAUGAGUUUGUCUAUAAACUAAUUCAUACCAAGAUUGAUCAAAUGGCCUGUUCACCAAAUGAUGCUUCUAUGAAGAAGCAUGAUAUAUUGUCGAGGUUUCUAGCAUCGAACGUAACAGAUCCAAAGUACUUGAGAGACAUAAUUCUCAAUUUCAUAAUUGCUGGCAGAGAUACAAUAGCUACAACUCUUUCUUGGUUUCUUUACAUGCUCUGCAAGCACCCACACAUACAAGAAACCAUUGCACAAGAAGUAAGGGAAACAACUAGAGUAAAAGGUAACAUGUCUUUUGAAGAGUUUGCACCAUUAAUGACAGAAGAAGCCUUGGGAAAGAUGCAGUACCUUCAUGCAGCUAUAACCGAGACUCUUAAGGCUCUAUCCUGCAGUUCCUAUGAUGCAAAGAUAUGUUUUUCUGACGAUACAUUGCCUGAUGGAUUUGAUGUCGAGAAAGGAGACAUGGUAGCAAUGGGAAGAAUGAAAUUUCUAUGGGGAGAUGAUGCGGAAGUAUUUCCGCCAGAAAGAUGGCUCAACAAUGAUGGGAUUUUCCAAAAUGAGAGCCCUUUCAAGUUCACAGCAUUUCAGGCUGGGCCUCGUAUUUGCUUAGGUAAAGAUUUUGCGUAUACGCAAAUGAAAAUCUUUUCUGCCGUUUUGCUGCGAUUCUUCGCAUUCAAGUUGGUUGAUCAAACGAAAGUUGUCAACUACAGAACCAUGAUCAAUCUUCAUAUCAAGGGUGGACUACAUCUUCGUGUUUUUCCCAGAAGUGGAUAA